AUGGGCGCUCUGGGCUCCGCGAGGCUGCGGUGGGCGCUGCUGGGGACGCGGGCGGCACUCCCUGGCCUCGGCUCGUACGGGGCCAGAGCCAAGGCGGCGAUCCCCUCCGCUCUCCCUGCGGCCCAGGCGGCUGAGGCUCCCGGAACCGGGCCUGGAGAUCGGAGGCUGCGGAGCCUGGACGAGCUUUCAGGGCCAGGGCAGCUGCGCCUCUUAUUCCAGCUGUUGGUGCAAGGCUACGUUCUGCAUUUGCACCAGCUCCAGGUGCUGAACAAGGCCAAGUACGGCCCAAUGUGGAUAAACCGAGUAGGGCCUCAGAUGCACGUGAACCUGGCCAGUGCCCCACUCCUAGAGCAAGUGAUGCGCCAAGAGGGCAAGUACCCAGUACGGGACGACAUGAAACUAUGGAAGGAGCACCGGGACCAGCAAGGCCUGUCCUAUGGGCCCUUCACCACGAUGGGAGAGCAGUGGUACAGGUUGCGCCAGACUCUGAACCAGCGGAUGCUGAAGCCAGCCGAGGCUGCGCUCUACACGGAUGCGCUGAACGAGGUGAUCAGUGACUUCAUGGCUCAACUGAAACAGCGGCGGGCGGAGAGCGCCACGGGGGACCACGUGCCUGACAUUGCUCACCAAUUCUACUUCUUUGCCUUGGAAGCUAUUUCCUACAUCCUCUUUGAGAAACGUAUUGGCUGCCUGGAGCGCUCCAUCCCCAAGGACACCGAGACCUUCGUCAGAUCUGUCGGGCUCAUGUUCCACAACUCUCUCUUUGCCACCUUCCUCCCCAAGUGGACUCGUCCCCUGCUGCCCUUCUGGAAGCGGUACCUGGAUGGCUGGAACACUAUCUUCUCUUUUGGAAAAAAGCUGAUUGAUCAGAAAUUGGAGGAGAUAGAGGCCCAGCUGAAGACAGGGAAUCCAGAGAAGACCCAGAUAUCUGGUUAUCUGCACUUCCUGCUGACCAGCGGACAGCUCAGUCCUCGUGAGGCUGAGGGCAGCCUGCCCGAGCUGCUCUUGGCUGGAGUAGACACGACAUCCAACACGCUGACGUGGGCCCUGUACCAUCUUUCGAAGAACCCAGAGAUCCAGGCAGCCUUGCAUAAGGAAGUGGUGGGCGUGGUGCCUGCUGGGCAGGUGCCCCAGCACAAGGACUUUGCCCGCAUGCCCCUGCUCAAAGCUGUGCUUAAGGAGACCCUGCGUCUUUAUCCUGUGGUCCCUGUGAACUCCCGGGUUGUCGUGGACAAGGAAAUUGAAGUUGGUGGCUUCCUCUUCCCCAAGAAUACCCAGUUUGUGCUCUGCCACUACGUGGUUUCCCGGGACCCUGACAUCUACCCUGAGCCUGACAGCUUCCAGCCCCAGCGUUGGCUGAGGAGGAACCAGCCUGAUGCCCUCAAAACCCAGCAUCCGUUUGGCUCUGUACCCUUUGGCUAUGGGGUUCGGGCUUGCCUGGGCCGCAGGAUUGCCGAGCUGGAGAUGCAGCUGCUGCUGACAAGGCUGAUUCAGCAGUAUGAGAUGGUCCUGGCCCCUGAGACGGGGGAGGUGACGAGUGUGGCUCGCAUUGUUCUGGUUCCCAGCAAGAAGGUGGGCCUGCGUUUCCUGCAGAGACAGAGCUGAGCUGGGCCCUUGCUUCCUCCCUUCCCGGGCACACGAAGACGGAGAGAAAGCGCGUGCCAGGCACCAGAGGUUGGAGAACCUGUGUGCUUCCUGCAGAUCCUGAGCUUUUUGCUAUUUUGUAUCAUGUCCUCUCAGAUAAAAGGCCGCUGCCAUGGCACAUUGCUAAUCUUGGGGGAAAAUACUGAAUAAAGGGUUUUUUUAAUUCAUAA